AUGGAAGAUUUGAGUCUGAAACCAAAAAUUCGAAUUGGUGCUGUAAUUGCGAAGCAAUGGACCAUUAAGAAGAAAUUGGGUGAAGGUAGCUGUGGGACCGUUUUCCUCUUGGCUAAUAUUUCAAAUCCAAAGGCUCAUGCGGCAAUGAAAGUGGAACCAUUGAUGAUGAAUAGUAAUGAUGAAAUAUUAAAAAUGGAAGUGUUCGUGUUAAAAAAAAUGCAAAAAUCAAAACAUGCUUGCCGAUUGUUUUCUGCAGGUCGCACGACUACGUUUAAUUAUAUGAUAAUGUCACUCCUUGGAAAAAAUUUAAGUGAUUUACGAUUUAUGAUGCCUUUGAAACGUUUUACGACAUGUACAAGCUUAAGACUGGGCAAACAAGGAUUACAAGCUUUAAAAGAUUUGCACAGUGCUGGAUUUAUACAUCGUGAUGUAAAACCGCUCAAUUUUUCUCUCGGAUCAACACAAUCUACAAAACGAGUUCUAUUUUUAUUUGAUUUUGGCUUAUCACGACAAAUUUUUCUGCCAGUACAAGGAACAAAUGAAAUGAAACUUCGAGAACCACGAAAAAAAGUGACAUUCAGAGGUACCGUUCGUUAUUGUUCCCUUAAUGUGCAUCAGCACAAAGAACAGGGUCGACAUGAUGAUCUGAUAUCAUUGUUAUAUACUAUCGUUGAGCUUAUCACCGGUGAAUUACCGUGGCGAGGAUUGAAUCGACGUGAAUGUGCCAUUCUUAAAGCAAGCGUACCAGAUAAAAGGCUUUUCAAUCAAUGUCCUGGAAACUUUAUAACAAUUUAUACAUAUCUGAAAGGACUUGAAUAUAACGAUUUGCCGAAUUAUGAAUUUAUCGAUAAAAAAUUUGAUGAUAUUUUAUCAAGCAAAAAUGUCAAAGAUGAAUCACCAUAUGAUUGGGAAAGCGGUGGGCGUUAUUUCGAUGAUGUAGCUGGUAAAGUAAUGCCUAAAAGACGUCGAAAUCCAGAUGAACAAGUGGAAAAAGAUUCGUCAUCAACAGUGAAAGAAGAAGUGCCAUCAACGGAGGAAGGACCAUCAACUGAAGGAGCUGAUUCAGACAUGUCAGGAGUGGAUAAAGAAAAUACUCUUGAAGAUUUGCAAGAAAUUAAAUAA